AAGCUUACCACAUGGUGGCGCUCUUCACAACUCAUGAGGGCGCUCUUCAUUGCUACCACAGAUUCAUGGUCCUUAUUGAUGACACAUGUCUGUGUCCUAAAUUUUUGACUCGUAUUUUGACUCCGUAUAAUUCGAUCAUCCUUCCACCCCAGGACCCGAGGACAGAGUUUUUACGUGAACUCUGCAAUCGCCACAGUCAUACUUGUGAGUUGCUGAAAAUGGCUGAUUCUAAACCCAAACGACUCGCUCUUUGGUCCACUACGCGUUGCUUGUCUACUGCCAUGGUGAUGAGCUUUGGUAACUAUGGCAACGUGGAAGUCUUCAAUGAGCUGUACGCAGGAGCAGCCACUUUCGGCCCGGAAAGCACCAUUCAUUUGCCCGUGCCGUUCCCUGUGGAUGACGAGAUGACGUAUGAUGACGUCAAGACGCUCCUAGAGGCUGAUUAUCCAACCACAGAUCUGGUUUUCGUCAAAGACCACGCUGCUGCCGUAACGGGGCGGUACGACAAACUGCCGACCGGUUACACGCACGCGUUCAUCAUCCGCAACCCGGAAAAGACCGUCAGUUCUAACAUGCGACUGAGUGAGCGCACGGGGAUAACGACGGAUCAGUUCGUGCAAAUCAGUACGACGGGCGUCCAGGGCUCUGGAUUCGGAGACCUGGUCAAGUUGGCAGAGCAUCUGGAAUCUUGGCUGGGUAAACCUCCCGUGAUCUUAGAUGCAGAUGACCUCCAGCGAGACCCUGAGAAGAUGCUGCGUGCGUUCUGCAAGGCCCUGGACCUCCCGUUCCGAGAAUCUCUCCUCAAGUGGGAGCCCAUCACGGAGAUUCCUUGGAACAACUCCAAGGCCAUGCUCACCCUCCACAGGGCUAACGGGGCUUACGAUAACGCCCUCAAUAGUUCGGGGUGGAUCGUCACCGACCCCAAGCCCGUCGAUCUGAGUGGUCUGCCGCAGGUACUUCGUGAAUUAAUAAACGAGGCACGGCCAUUCUACGAAAUCCUUCAUGGAAAGCGUUUGAAGCCAGAAAACUAGUUGACUUGGAUCUCGUUUGCACUGCAAAAUGACAGUCUUAUGACAAUUACAGCAAGUCCUGCGCAGUAUAGUAGUACAGUACACAGUGCCGCGUUAAGAAUUUUAGAUGUACAGGUAGUAUAUUCUUGUAACUGUCAAUGUUUCCACUCUUAAAAAAAUAUUUUGUAACUACAUGUAUUAGUUAAUUACUGAAUGGAGGAAUAUUUGUUGAUAAUUGGAUCACCCUCCGAUGUUUUUCUUCAAAUAUGGCGACAGUUUCCUUUCAGAUGUUGACCCAAGGGCAUUUAUUACGCCAUUCUUUCGAGCACAACGUUGGUUAUUAACUGUGGCACUUCAACCAAACCAACCGCGUAUACCAAUUAAGGUACAUCAAUUGGACACUGGGGUGGGAGGAUAGUUUCUAGUCAAGUAAAAUAAAACGUCAGUGGAUCAUGUGGAAAACAAUAAUAUUGAUCCUGCCAUCACGGACAAAGCAUUUUGGUGACCAACCCUGAGAUUACCAAUCAAAGAAUGAAGGUUGGCAUGUGAUGAAACGCUCGUAAUUGCUCAAUGUCAAGUGUUUACAUCAUGCUUCACCGUAAUCAGGAAUAGCAUUUUGGUGUGCGGUCGUUCAGUGGCGUUAUUUUGCAGAAGACGACUUAGAAGAACGGUUCCAGUGUUUUUGCUUCAACCGUUUCCAGCGCUAAGAUGCGUCCUGCGGUAACUUUGCUCCGUGGGCGUCGGGCAUGUCUUUGUUUUCGCCUCUCUGUGCCCACCAGAAUGGCAGCGCUUUGGUGACUCCUGCUACGUCAUGAUGACGCAACGGAUGAGCUGGCACGAAGCAGACCAGUCUUGCAGGGAAAUGGACGCUAGUCUAGCCGUCCCAACUCUGCAC